UUCGGACGCACAGUUUCUUUUUUUUUAACACACGACAAAUACUUGUAUUUUGUAGGAAUCCUUUUCGAAAAAAAAAAAACCUUUUCUUUUCGUCUGUUGUGAAUUUAAAAUCUAAUAUUAAAUAAGAGCACGUUGACCGAUCAACUGUAUUUAAAACGAACAUAUUUUUUUUUUCGGUUGCAACAUUCGUUUUAGCAUGAGGCGUUUUUGUUAUUUAUUGUGUAUUUUUUUGGUAUUUUUCGAUGCCAUAAAAAGCGACGAUGAUGUCGAUGAAAUUGACGAAAUCGAUCAAUUGCCGCAAAUCGCCCUUGUCGAUCAAUUGACCAAGGACUAUUUGGUAGCGGAAAGAAAACUAUGGGAGGUUAUUGAACGGCGUGAAGACAGCACAUUGCAGCAAAUCUAUAAUGUUCAUACCGAAUUUUUGAAUCGAAAUUAUGGCGAAACAAAUGUUUUCCUAAACGGUUUUUAUGCAAACAAUGUUGAUCCAAAACUAUUGAAUUGUAUAAUCACCAUAAAUGAAACGUCGCAUGAUAUUGCACGUGAAUUUUUCGAACAUCGUAACUACACCGUAUUGAGUAUGAAAGCAUUUGAGGGAAUUCAUUUGGAUAAAACAUUCGAAACGGUGUGUGAGCAAACAAUUAAUUCAACCGAUUUCUGGAGUAAUUUACAAAACUCAACACAGGAUUGUCAAUUGCAGUCGAGGUCAGUUCAAUCAGAGUAUCAAAUGUUAUUUGAAUACUAUAAAGACAUUCAGGCAGCUGCAUUGCGUACAUAUAUCACAUCGCAAUUAUCCUAUAUGAUAUUGCAUUUGCAUGAGAGUGGCGAGUUUCACAAUCAAUCUCUCGUUUAUCAAGAGCACUUUCGUGAACUAAAUGCUCAAGUGCGAAAUGUAUUCAAUAGCAAAUUGCAGCAGGCAAACAGAGACGUUUGGGCAUGUGAUCCACUCGAUUAUAAUGCGCCAGGAGCGAGCUACGAAAUUACCAAUUUCCUUCAGGGAUACAUUGAUGCUGAGGUUAAUUUAAAUGCUGAAGGCAGUUGCGCAUUAACAUGUGGCGAUUAUCAAAAUACAAAACAUUUUGCAUGCAAUUCGGACACACUUUGUGCUGGAUUAAAGCCAGAAAAUCGGGCUGUGAUCGGUUGUAAAGGGAAAGUCAGAGGAUGUCAUUCGUUAGACGAUAGCAUUUCAGUUUGUCCAGCGGAGGGCAACAAUGACGGUCGUUAUAAAUACGUGACAUCAAGCACGGGAUUACGGCUCGGUAACGUAACAUCGUGCACCAAUGAAUUGAAGGCAUAUUCUUGGGUUCGUUGGUUCGUCAAAUGUUCAAAUUGUUUUUGUUUCUGUGACGACAGUUCAAAUUCGGAUCGAUACUUUUCACUUCGAGAAGUGGUGUCGGACAUUGAGAAAAAUCAAAUUGUGACCGGAGUUUCGUUGACCAAACGCAAUGGCAUUGUUCAAUUUGUGAUUGCACAACGUCAAUUGCUUGCAUUUGGUAAUGUUGAUCGCACACCCAUUGAAUACGGUUGGAAUUUAGCCGAACAAUUCGUUGCAAAUAGCAAUGAAUCACGUGAUGGUGUUGACUAUUUCACCUUGACUUAUGAAAAUCGCAAUUUAAAUUUGGACACAAUCAUAGCACCGCCGAACACUGUUGUAACUGGCGUUCGUUUCAACAUCAAUAAAAAACGUAAUUUAUUGCUGGAAGUGCGAUUCACUGAGUUCGAUGCAUUUACUGGAAAAUUGAUCAACUUAGAGAAUAGCGUUUGGCAAUCGAAUGCAGAUGGUGGUAAAAGUCGCAUUAAUACCGAUAACUUAGAUGUGCCUACGAAAACAACGCGACCAUCAGUUCCAUAUUUCGAUGUGAAUAAAUUCGUACGAUUUGGACCGACACAUAAAAGUGCCGAUCUUAGUCAGCGAACGGUACCAUUUAUUGAUGGUCAAAAAGUUGAACCAAAAAUGCCCGCACCACUUGCCGGAAUUGGGCUCUAUUACAAAUCCAGCGGUUUCAUUGCACCAAAAAUUGUUCUUUACAAUUUUGAAGCAUCUAUUCAAUAAAGAAAACCGAAUGAGAGAGGGAUUGGAGAAAGGAAGGAAGAGCAACAACAUUGUACAAUCAAAAUCAGCAUUCUGAUCAGCAUAUAAUUUUUUUUGUUUACUAUAUCAUGAUUUGUUUAUUGUAUUCGAAUAUAGCAUCAUUUAUACAAAAAAAGGAACUAAUAUAAUAAUUUAAAAACACACACAGUGACAUACACACGAAUGAAAUGCAUUUGAUCAUCUGUGUAAUGCCUUUUUACACUACUAUACAAUUUUUUUUUUUGAUAAAGACGUUGACUAUAUCAACUGUAAAUAGUAUUUUCUUUUUAAAUAAAGAAAUAUAAU